AGCAUAUUCGCGCACGGUGCUUUCUCCGAAAGUCAUCCACUUUUUCCAACACGGUUUAGUUUUGAUAGUGCUCUUCCUGCAGUAACUAUAGUUGUUUGAAAAUUGAAAAGUCAUUACGAAACUCAUUUCCGCAAUUGAUAGUCGUUGUUUGUCGGAUUUUCGGGCCGUGGAAACCUAUGUGCUGUGCCAUCGAGAGGGCCUUAGGAUUACCUCCUUAGGAUUGGGGCGCACUCGGAUUUCAGUUCUUUUUUUGGGGUGAAUCGCUUUGGUCCCGGAGAAUUCCGCUGCUCCGCUGAAAGUCCCGGGGUAGUGGCUUUACUCGCGUUGUUUCGAUUGUUUUGUCCCACCGUGUUCGUCUUUUUCCAAUUCGGUUGUGAAGUUACGAUUAAAAAUAAUGCCAUUCAAGUCCGGGAGAUGCUAGUUGGAUGGAGUUGUGCCAGCCAUCUGCCUCAUUCUCGGUCGGAUCAGCCAAACGAUAUAACGCGAGCUUGUGCGGUGCUGAACAGUAGUGGAAAUUUUGCGUUUCCAAACGUACUCGUUAAUAAAUAGAAGAAGAAAAGUCUACUAGCAGCAGGAAUCCAAAAAAAUAGCUCUCACUAGUCGUCUGUUGCCUGGUUGAGCAGAAAGGAUAAUAAUUUUCUCCGUUCUGAAGCAUCCUGGUGCCCUGGAAGGAAUAACAUUGAUGAAGGAAAAAUAGUGCGAGAGUACCUAGUGGCGGAAAGUGUGGCGACAGAAAGUACACAAAGAAUAAAACUAGAGCCCAGAUUUCGACUCGGAUCCCACCAGUGGGAGUUGCUGAGACACUGCAAGAAAAUACCAACCAAAACACUGGGAAAACAAUCUGUUUACCAUCAGCACGCCAACGCAAAGCUUUUAUGUAAUUGUUCGAAAACACCAAUUUUCACAGUGCCCUAGCCCCAUUUGCGGAACAAGAGCUAGAAAAACCAAAAACAUAGAAAAAAUACAACAACCAAACCAGAAAAAAAAUAAAAGCAACAAAAGAACAGCAAUUCGCGGGACACAAUUUGUCGAUAUUCGUUUUUUUUUCGGUGCAACAGCUCAGGCCUCUGUUUAUGUGCCAACUUCUGUUGGGUGCCAAUACGUGAUACGUGGAUACAAAUAUACAGCGUAAUAUCUUCGAACUUUAUCCAGUCUUUUGUCGGGAUUGUUUCAAAUUGUGCCUAUAGAUGCGACAGUAAAAGUAUGUGGUGGAGAUACAACUUUGGGUCGAAGGAAAAAAGCAAAUAGGCUACCGGGAAGGCAGCGACGAAAACAUUUCCAAGGAUUCUGCGAAUGGCAGUGAACGGCACAAUCAAUCCCACAGAAAGAAAACGAAGCCCUAUAAUGAUGACGCUCUGAUGACGACGACGACAACGACGACGAAGAUGGUGACAAUGAUCCAGCGGAUAUGGUGAUGACGGCAGGACUCGAGUGUGUUGCGGUGGAACAGGAAACGGAUUCUGCCUCUUAGGCUAGGCCACGCUACGCUACGCCAGGCUUCAUCCUUCGGUGAUGAAAAGUGUUCUGCAUAUUAUAUAGCGUGUUGUUGCUAUACAGAUGCUGGAAAGUUCACUGUUAUAGAUAGAAAAAGAUCACGUAAUUGUUCCAAUAAAUAAUAGCUCCGAGACCCUCGCGGUUGCUGGGGAGUGGAUGAGUGUGUGUUUUGAGUUUAGUUUUCGGUCACUGAAUCUGGGUUCCAUGAAGUUAAAAUCACUGGGUUUGAUGGUUUGUCUCGAGCGCUGGAGGGAAGAGUGAUGUGCCAUAAAUUGCACCAGAGUGGAUUUAAACUCUAUCGGGCAGCUAGAUAGAUGGUGGGAAAAUUAAAAGGGCUGUAAAAAUUUUCAUAGUUCAACUUGUGUGCUAGCAAAAAGUGACCCCAAUUUUGCUGAAAGUGUUUAAUGAGCUGCGAAGAAGCAUAGUGGCAUGCAUAGCUGGGACGUAAAUUUCGACGAUACGCGUUCGUUACUUCGUGAUAGGCCUAACGGUGCUGAAUCUUUGGUCCUUGGUAGUGGUAGUGGUAGAGAAAGUAGUAGUAUUAGCAAAACAUAUUUCAGUAGUGUUCAUAGUGCCGGUUAUAUAAAUAGUAGCUAUUGCAAGAAAACAUUCCGCAGGCGACGUCGACAGUUGAUAGCAAACAACAAUAAGGAGGGGUACCGAUUAUCCGUGGCGUUUCCCAGCACUCAGCGCUCAUUCUGGCAGCGUUACAGCAGGAUCAGAGCAAGCAAAAGUCAUAUCCGGAGCAGGAUAUCCCGUGUAACGGUAGUGUGUACAAGCCCACGGCACGAGUCAACGUCAGCAGUGGGGGAGGCACGAGCAACGGCGGCACAAAGACCCUUGCGGAGUUCAACGAAGCAGGACGCAAUCACGGUAGCGAUAACAACAACAAGAACACCCUCCUACUACACUGCUGCUGUGUGAUCGUCCAAAUUACCCCCGUAGCCCCCGGGCGCAGUCACGUGACUACGACGGCUUCAUCCACCAAAAAACCCAGCGGUGACGAUGGCGCUAGUGGAGGAUUAGCCACUGGUGCUAGUGGUCGCACUCCUGUCUGUCGCUGUAACACACAAUACAAACUACAGGAUCUGAAAGCCUUGCAACAACUGCAGCAACAGCAACAGGGUGUUAGCGUUAACGCCAAUGUCUCUUCCUCUACUACUGCCACUGGAGGCCCUGCUCCGCCCUACCAUCCCCAGCAACACCCCCAGGCAUCUUCUUCCGCCGCGCCCCAAAUGCACCAUCCAUCUGUCGGCAGUGCCCCGCAGAAGCAGAGCCAAGAGUUAACGAACGAGGAACUUUUCAAAUAUCUUCUUCAAAUUAAUGCAGACAUCAAAUGGAUAGAGCAGCUGAAACAAUAUAAAUACGAAAUUGAAAAGUUGUCCACUACCGAAAAGACUGAUGCUCGUAACAUAAAACAGCAACUCGUUAAUGGCCACAUCGCUCCCACUUGUUCGAAACCGAAACCAGUAGAAGCCGUACCUCCGCCAGCCACCGGAACAAUUGCCAAGACAGAAUUUUUCGAUCGUAGUCUAAAACAGCGACACUCGUCGCGAUCCGUAGACGAACGAACCACACGUCGAGAUGAGGAAAGCCACGCAAAAGACAAUGGCCACCAGCGUCAUUCGUCUGGACCAAGUGACCUGCAAGUACUCAAGGCUGAUAUCUCUGAAUGGUUGCUCAAUCUUCCGCUCAAACGGAGUGUCGAGUUCCUCCAAAAAGCCAAAACCGCACAACUCAAAUUCGAGAAAGAGCAGCAAGAUAAACAACAUCAACAACAACAGCAGCAGCAGCAACAACAACAACAACAACAACAAGUGCUACAAUUUGCAAAGAAACCACUUCAAAGGCAAGUUUCCGGGGGUGCAUCGGAACGAACUUCAACUACGGCUACGAUUCAAAGACAACAUUCCUCUGGGAGUGGGACCAUGCAACGGAAACAUUCGGGUGGCGGUGGAGAAUUUUCUCUCACAUACGACGAUAUACUGGAGUGGCUUAAAAAACAACAGAUAUUCAGCAAAGUUAACGAGGAGACUAGUGCUCCGAAAAAGUUCAAAGAAAAAGAGGAAAUUCCCCUGCAAAAUUUCGAACCUGUGAAACACAAAUCGAGCAGUUCCAAGUUACAGAAACGACAUUCACUAGGUCCCAAUGAAGAAUUUUUCCACAAAAGUUCCACCGAUUGGAUUCAGUACCCGCUUAAACAACUUAAGAAACAUGCCUUCGAUGCAACCCAAAGUAGUUGCACCGACAUUAGGCCAAAGCAUCGUGACCGAAGUGAGUCGUCCCAUCGGGAACGAAAGCUUCGUCAUUCUGCGAGCGAGGUUGUGACGUCCACUCAUUCGGAUCAGCCACGGGUGCCACCGCAAAAACCGGAACGAACCUUCCGGUACAAAUCCAAAGAGCGUGAACCCAAAUCGGCACCCCAAAUGAUACCGCUCCAUCAGCCUCUUCAACAGCAGCAACAAUCUUUUCCAGCCCAACAAACAACUUCUUUUGCUCAAAAACCGACCCGCAAGGAAAGAUCGCGUCGCCACAAAACGCAACGUUCCGCCACAGUCGGCGAUAUCAAUCAAAUAAACAAACAUCCCUCCCACUCGCAGCUCAGCUAUCACCCACGGCAGCGCAGCACUGAACGAAGUUCUUCGCUUUCCAAAUGCACAGACCCCAUGUGCUCGGCCAUGUCGCUCUGUGAUGAUCCCAACUGUUACAUGUACGAUUACUACGACACUCCUCGGUGCGCCUCACUGCCUCGUACGAAAACCGCCACCACCCCGUCGUCCACCAACAAAUGUGGACCGCUGUGCUACGAGUGCAACAACAAGUGUAACUCGCUGCCCCGUUGCACCGAUGCACGCUGUACGGCCCUCUCGUCGGGUCCCUGUCCGCAGCAACGUAUGAAAAGUAACUCACUGCCAAGAAACGCCGAAAUGACUCAGAAACGCUUAUCUCGGGAGGACUCACGAAGUUCCCUACCCCGAUCUCGUAUCAAGAAACGAUCCGCCUCCAGUGGUAAUGGCAAACUUACCAAAUCGCUUUCCGCCGCAUCGCUCAACAGCCGAAGACGCCGGCACAAAACGGUUCACUUCGGGGAGAAUCUGCUUCGGGAAGUUUGUCAGAAUCGUAAGCUGAUCCAACCGCUGCAGGAAACUCCCUCGGGAUCGACUCCGCUGCAGCCGAACAUUCAAAUGCUGUAUAAUUUCGUUGAGGGAGUUUUGAGUGCCUGGGUAGACGACGAGGACGAUCAAAAGCAAUCGGGACCGGACUCGGAACCGGAAAGGGGCGCGGUACUCAAACCGAUGCACCGCUGUAACCGGGCCCGGUUUCAAACAAUCCGGCGGGUCGUUAACGAAGCGGCCGAGCUCAAGGGUACCUCCAAGCUGGGGAACUCACGGUAUCGGCAUAGGCACUGGCGCGGUACCGCCAAGGAUUGUAACGAGCGGUUUUUGCGUAAGAUUUCCGAUGACGAUCGUAUGAGCCUGACGACGGCCGUGUCAGAUGAGGACGACGGCGAGAGCGUAAUGGCGUCUCCGUACAAAGCCAAAGCAACCGGCACAGCGGCGGCCUCAUUCAACUGCACCGGUGCGGUCCGGAAGGCAGGCUUCCUCUCGGUCAAGAAAUGGCUGCUGCGCAAGAAGCAUCAGAUCGAGCUGGCCCGCAAGCGAGGCUGGAAGGGCUACUGGGUCUGUCUGAAAGGUACCACCUUGUUGUUCUACCCGUGCGAUUCGCGCGAGGGCCGUUCCGUGGAGGCUGCCCCGAAGCAUCUGAUCAUCGUGGACGGAGCGAUCAUGCAGCCAAUUCCGGAACACCCGAAGCGGGAUUACAUCUUCUGCCUGAGCACGGCCUUCGGCGAUGCGUACCUGUUCCAGGCGCCCUGCCAGGUCGAGCUCGAGAACUGGGUCAACAGUAUACAUAGUGCCUGUGCUGCAGCGUUUGCGAGACAUCGUGGUAAGACUGGUACACUGCACCUGUUGCAAGAGGAGAUUUUCCGUUUAGAAAAAGCAAUAGAAUCGGAUCACAAAUUGAAACACAUGGCCGAUCUUCAACAGAGCGUGGUUACAGAUACGGAUACGCGCCACCAGAUUCAGCAGCAGAUUCUACAGUGGGAAGAGAACCUUGAACGUUUGCACUGUGAGCAGUUCCGUUUGCGAUGCUACAUGGCUUCGUUGCAAAAUGGAGAGCUUCCGAAUCCAAAGUCUCUCCUUACGCACGUUUCGCGUCCCACGAAAAACACGCUGAACAAGCUGGGGGUCUUCACGGUGUCGUCGUUCCACGCGUUCAUCUGUGCCCGGUCACCUUCGUUGUUGAACAAUCUGCUGGCGGGUCGUGGUGCCACCAAAAGGCGCCCUCCAGUUCUUUCGCGCUCCAACAGCGGCUCCAGUCGUCGAUCGAUGCAGAUGAACACCCACGAUAGCUCUGAGAAGUCUUACAAAGUGGCCCUACCGGAGAACACUUUCGCAACCGUGUACCUUCGAGAGGGCAUGUCGGUGGAAGAGUUCCUGGCCAGUGCCUGUCAGCGCAAGAAUCUCAAUCCGAUGGAGCACUUUGUGCGGGUGAAGAAGCGCCGGGAUAUGGAAGAUCACAACUACUUCGUUCCUCAUCGAAAUGAUCUGAUUGAAACAUAUCUACACACUCACGAAAUGGUGGAAUGCUGCGCCAAGAUUUUAUACCAGGUAGAACUACAACGAAGCACGCUGGAGCAGAUGUGGGGCUUUUCGGUCGAAGCGGAACUGAUCGAGAAUGCCGAUCGCCAGGAUGAGCUCUGUUGCUACGUGAGCCGGGUCGAGGACAAGAGCCUGGCAAUGCAAAACGCAGGCAUCAUCAAGGGCGACGAAAUCAUUGUGAUAAACGGCGCAAUAGUAUCCGAUUUGGACAUGAUGUACUUGGAAAGUGUACUCCAGGAGGAGCAAGCCUUAUGUAUGAUGAUGAGAUCAUCACGUACUGAACCGCCAGAUCUUGUAGGGAUUAUGCGAUCCACCGAUGAUAUCAUCGAGUCGCUGGUUUGUCCACCGCCGCCCUCGGACCCUCCGGUCAUCAGCGAGGAAAUGAUUUCGGGACUGAUCGUUCCGGCACCCGGUUGGCGGCGCUCUUGUAUCGCCGGCAAGGAAGUGUACUCACCAGAAGUGGAGAGUUCCCCGGCACCGUCAGCCAACGAUCCGCACAUGGAUCGCUCGAAGCAGUCAUCCCGCAGCAACAGUUUCGAGAUCGAGAAUCUGCUCAAAUCGGCCGAACAGGUCACCGGAUUCUGUCGGUCUCCACAGGAAACUCGCAAAUCCAGCCCCACGGGAUCGGUCGCUUCAUCGGUCUCGAACGCCAUGCUUACUCCCUCGCGGCAGCUAUCCGAUGCCGAAAAGCUUCGCAAGGUGAUCCUGGAACUCGUUGACACCGAGAAAACCUACGUUAAGCAUUUGAACCAUCUCCUCGAGUACUAUCUGGAACCGUUGAAGCGUGAAACAUUCUUAUCGAAUGCCGAGAUUACUGCUCUGUUCGGAAAUAUUCAAGAAAUUGUCACCUUCCAAAGACAAUUUUUGAAUAACCUAGAGGAGGCACUCGAUCUCGAGCCAGAUUUCCAUCAGCUGGAACAUCCUAGUCAAUUUAAGAACGUUCUAUUCGCUAUAGGAUCGUCUUUUCUGUAUUACGUUAAUCACUUCAAACUGUACUCGUCGUUCUGUGCUAGUCAUAGCAAGGCUCAAAAAGUUCUACAUCCAAAUGAAGGCAACCAAGCAUUACAGGAGUUCCUGGUUGCUCGCAAUCCUAAGCAACAACACAGCAGCACCCUGGAGUCGUUCCUGAUCAAACCGAUUCAGCGUAUCCUGAAGUAUCCUCUGUUGCUGCAGCAGCUGCGCAACCUUACCGAUCCUAACGCGGCCGAGCAUCUGCAUCUGGUGGAGGCACUCAAGGGCAUGGAGAAGGUCGCCGAACACAUCAACGAAAUGCAACGAAUCCACGAAGAGUACGGGGCGAUCUUCGAUCAUCUGUUCCGACAGCAUCAGAAAUCCUGCAAACAACCCAUCGACCUUAGUCCUGCCACUGUCUCUUUGCAAUCAAACGACAUAGGCGAUUUGCUGUACUACGGAGGCGUUGAGUGGCUCAACAUUUCCGAUUUUCUGGGCAAGAUCAAGAAAGGGCUGGAGCUGCACGCCAUGUGCUUCGUGUUUAAGUCAGCCGUCGUGUUCCUCUGCAAAGAGCGACUACGUCAGAAGAAGAAGCUAAUGGGUGUCUCGAGUAAGAACGCCACCAACGAAGUGGAGAUCAUACGCUACCAGGUGCUGAUUCCGGUGACCGAAGUUCAGGUACGGGCGUCCUCGGCCAAGGAUAUGGAUUCGCACUUCCUCUGGGAGCUGAUCCACCUCAGAUCGCAACUACAACGAAGAUCGGAGAAGGUGUACGUGCUGUCGAACAGCACCGCCGACUUCCGCAACGCAUUCCUCAAAACCAUCCGGCAGAUCAUACGGGAAAGUGUCCGCAACAUGUCGAUCCCGUCACUCAAGAGCAUGGGUGGCAGUAUGAACUCGAUGGUCGGUGUCGGUAUUUCCUCCGGCAACUCCCAAACCCUGGAGCGUCCAAAGCAACAGCCCCAGAUAAUGCAAGGUUCGCAAACGCUUGGGAAACCGAAAAAGUCUAAGAUAAAUCAGCGCCACUCGUCGGGUAACAUCGAUUACGAUAAUACAACUUCCGGCAGCCAGGAGGCGGACGAUCCUCCUGUUCCGCAGUACAGCGGACAGUUUCGGAUGCGCAGCAAAACCGUCGGCGAUGUUGGUGAACAAGUUGCCGCCUGCCGACGAAAUCUGAGCGAGCGUGAACCGGAAAAGUCAGAUCCCGGAACCAAAUCGGAAGGGGAAGAUGAUUCUCAGCAUGGAUCCGUGAAGCCAAAAUCUAGUCUGGGUAAGACGCCAAAUCAUCUGACUUUGAGCACAACAUCCACACUAUCCGUUGGAAGUACCGGAAGUCAGGCCCGUCUAAUCCAAUCGUCUCAUCCACCGGCAACGUAUCACCCAGUGCUGAUGAAAGACUUAGGAUCCCCGGUGUGGAAGCCUAGAGACAUGAUUAGUUUAGGUGAUGCCCAGAGUUCUUCGUCGAGCGGUCGUAAAGAUGAUUCAAAGUAAAGUAAAACAAAUUCUUCACUCUUUAAAACACAUUUUUUAAUCUUACAACAUCAAGAGCUACAACAAAACAUCAACAUCAAGGUCAACAACAAUUUCGAGCAAGUAAAUUUUAUUAGACAUUGGUGGAUAGAAGUACUACUUCAGCUAACGUUAACUUAACGAUUCAAUGUAGAGUUUUUUCAAUGUAAAGUGUGGCGCCAUUCUGUUUGCGGUUUGCCAUUCCGAUACACAGUCAUUGCACCAGAUGGAUCAGUUUUUCUGGACGGUUGUCAAAAUUGGCAUCACUGGAAGGAUAUAUCUUUUAAAAUGCACAAUCAAAUGUUAUGUAUAUGUCAAUCACGGAAACAAUCUGGUGAGAUCCAGAACAUCUCAAAAAAGUAUUCUGUGUUUUCAAUUUUCAGAUAAAAAUGAAAUCUUGAAAGAGUAAGAUAACGCAUAUUAAUCUUCACCCUGCAAAGAAGUAGAAUUUGUUUGUUUACUUUGGACCUCCCGAGAGGCCAGUUGGAUUUACAAAUGCAAGCCAAAUAGCUUAACAAGACACGAUCGUUAGUAGGAUCAUGGCAAGGCGAGUAAGCCUUGUAUUAACUACUUUAAGCAUCGUUUAAUUUGGUGCAAUCGUAGCCAAAACAGAGCUGGAUCAAAACAAAUGGACACUGAUAGGACAACCAAGAGUGACGAAAACAAAAAAAAAAAUCUCUGUCUCUAGCAUACAAUUAUAAAUGAAAAUUAUGUAUGAGUAUGGGUAUUACUAGAAGAAAAAAAAACAAAUGAUUUUUGUAUGAAUAAAAAAUGCAGAAAACAUCUUAUAGUGAUAAUUUCUAAUUAACAUAAUACUAGUUAAGAAAGGCAAGUUUAUUAUUACAAUUACUAUACCGAAGUGAUGAUAUAUCUGCAAAGACAUACACUAAAAAAAAAAAAAGAAAGAAGUUGUAGCAAGGUUCGUAAUAGUGAAUGUCAGUUUAAAAAUAUAUUCUCAGAAAUCAAACGAUGGGAAAUAUUGUUUAGUUUACUUCGUAACUCUUAUUCCUCUAAAAUGAAACCAAACAAACAAAUACAAUAUGAAAAUUAACACUCCAGGAAAAAAGUUUAAAUUACAGCUAUAUUAGCAGUAAACUAACUUUUACCGCUAAUGUUAAGAAAAUAGUAUGAGAAAAAAAAAUUAAUCAUAUAUCUCACCGUUUUUGAUUGUGAAGAUUGUCACCCUUUUAGUUGGACAAUUACUAAGAAAAGAUAAUAUAAGAUACCUACCAGUUGAGAGAAAUAAAAAAAAAAUCACAAAACCUAGAUAAAAGGGAAUUGAAUUUUAUACACAUAGAAAUACACGAUUGGAUACACAAUUAAAUUUCUAGAGGGGCUCACUAGCAACGCCAAAGGUGGAGUAAUUUAUUUUAUUUGGUUUCGAAUCAAACGGUCUGUUUUUACCUUCUCUUCCCCUGAUCCAAUGAUAAAACAGAAAUUCGAUAAUCACUAUCAAUUAAACUAGUUAAUUAACUAUUUUUUCCGAAAUUGGUUGACGAAUUUUCUAUAAACCUAGCGAUUUUAGAAACAAUUGAAAGUAAACAUUAAGAUUUAACUAACGGAAACAUUACUAAAAAUCAGCACGUAUACCUUACAUGGACUAAGCUCUCAAACGUCCUUUGUUUGAAAUGGCUUACAUUUCAAAAUUUUAUUUGAAAUAUGUAAUAACUAUCCAAACACUAGCUUCUUUGAAGUCUCAUCUUUUUGUUUUUUAAGAAACAACCAAGCGCACGUUCUUCUGCACUCGGUAGCGUGAAGUGAAUGAAUCAAUGGAAAGAAAGUAAUAAUACAAAACAAAUACUUCAAAAAAGUUAAAUUUAGACGGAAACCAAAAUCUUGCAAUCCUGCAGAGAAAAUCAUUCACUAGAGUUAAACAAAUACGUAUGUUUCCUUUAACACGAAAGUGAACCGAAAUAAGUAACGAAACCAGACAAUUGCACGCGUUCUUUCCCUCACAAAAAUAUUUAUAAAAAUAAACAUACAACAACAAAAAUACACACACAUACAAAAACAAAAAUUGACACACACUAUUCAACAUUUAAUAACUUAACGACAAAAAUAAUAAAAAAAAAGUAAAUGACAAGUACACAAUCGAUAAAGUUCCAAAGUACCCAAACCGAUGUAGCCAGAAAAGACAGAGAGGGAUGUUUAAACAAAGUACCAACAUCUAAAACAGUCGUGAAAAAUUGCAGCCCGCUGGUAAAAGUUAAAUGAACAUACGGAAAACGAAGCACAGUACGUACCGGAUUAAUGUAAACGCAGCAGCAAUUCUCGCCGUAUAGAAAACACGAACUUAAGCGUUUACCGUAUACUUUGUUUCGACAUCAAUUUAUCCCAACAAACAAAAAUAAAAAUUUCCAGAGCCAAAAAUCUCCCAAAGUUAAAUAUUUAAACUGAAAAAGUGUUCCAAAGCUCAGAAAACUCACUGGAUGAAGAAAAUGGAGGUGAUCGUUGAUUGUUUUUAUACUUUGCUUGUUUUAAAAACUGUCACAAGAAACUUUAAAAAAUGAUGAAAAGUUUUCUUAUUUUAUCCCUUUUUAUUUUCUCUCAUAACAAUGUUAUCAUUUUUGAGGAAUAGAACAUUUCCUGAUUGAAGUUUUUGUUUUUAUCGGGCACUUGAAACUUAAAUUAAUCCAACGUUGGUCAUAUUUACAGAUAAUUUGACAACAAAACAAUUUACAAAUCUUACAAAUGAUCUUAUAAGAAAAUAAAAGAAAAACGAAAAAAAAAACUCAAAAAAAAUUGUUACCCGAUCAAUAAUCUACGGUUAUCAUAACACACAUAAAACACAAUGAACAAGUUUAUAUGCAACACAUAAAUUAACCAUUAUUAGAUUCUGAGAUUUACGACUAGAGCCGAUCGGUGAAGAUAUUAAACAUGGGAGAUCCAAAAAAAUUCUUUUCUAGCCAAAUUGAUUAAAUAUACAUUUGAAAAAUUAAACAAAAAACUUCACACGUAUGCUUAUCACAGGAACACUGAAUACGAAUUUAGUUUGAUUUUCACUCGAAAAAAAAAACACUCACACAUACACACCUAUAAACACAUAAUGAAUACCAUCGGAAAUCUCAAAAACCAAAAAUAAAAGAGCUGCACUAUAGGGCAGAAUAAUCCAGAUUGGAAUCUUUUCUAACCGAUACGAAACAGUCGGGAGUAAAAAAACAAUCCAGCAGCGUAUGAUGUUUGCCAAGAAAAUAAUCCUGCAUGAAAACACAACAAACGAUAGAGAAAGGACAACUACCUUAAAAUUAAUGAAAAAAAAGAUAACAAUACAAAGAUAAACGACAAGAAAUGUGCCAAUUAAAAUCGAAAGGUAGCGUUAAACAAAUAAAAUCCGAGAAGUUGAUGUUAUGAGAUAAGACCGCGAGAAGUAGGCAUUCGGACCGCGUAUCUGCUCACCGAUGGGUGAGCUAGAGUUGCAUCCUCUCUAGGAAAUCGAAGCGAAAAAAAAAUCAAACAAGAUAAUAUUACUAGAAUUGACCCAUCGGUAGUAGAAAUAGAAAUGUUUAAAGCGUGCAGCCCUGAGAUCUAACGGAAUAGGACAUAGGACGGCACCCUAAAGAAGUUAAGUGUAAUAGUCACAGAUUUAACUCACAUGUACGUGUUGAUGAUGGUUGAUAGAGAAUGGUUAAAAAAAAGUAACAGUCGAAGAAAACUUACAAAUAGUGUUAUAUUAAACAACGGCAAAAUGUGGAGAAGAAGCACAUGAACGAUUACGACUUCUGAUAAGCUACAGCAUAAGAUUGAUGAUCCAUGAUGCAGAUUAUGGUUGAAGAAGAAAUCUGAUUCUCGUUUAUUUGUUUUGUAACUUUUUGAGAUGUCUAAGUAUUCAAUAAAUAAAAAAAUAAUUAUACACAAACACAGAAA